AGUUUAAAAUUAGACAUGGCUAAAAUGGGAGCAUUGAUGAGGGCUUUUUUGAGAUGUUGAAAGGUUGUGGUGGCUACAGGCGUCAGUCCAAAGCUAUGUGUUUUGAGUUGUUGGGUUAAGGGGUGGGCUAUGUUGGCAUAUCCUUGCAAAAACUUAGAGGCGAGUAAGGUACUGCGUUCAGCAUGAGGUGGGAACUCCCUAGACAAGGCAUCAGCCUUGUUACUGGGUCCAUGUUUGUAGUGUACAGUGAAAUCAUAACAAAUGCCAUGUAUAGUAAAAAAUGGCGUUGGCUAAUUUGAUAGAUUAUGAUAUGAAUGAACUUAAGAUCGCUUUGACAUCGCUAAUUCAUGAUGCUGCUAGACUCAGUGGUCACGGAGGAUUUGGAACUCAUUUUUUCAAAUGGCUUGCUUCAUUUGCUGCUAUUUAUUUGCUGAUCCUGGAUCGAACAAAUUGGAGAACAAACAUGCUAACAUCACUUUUAGUCCCUUACAUAUUCUUCAGCCUUCCCACAGGCAUCUUUCACCUUUUAAGGGGCGAAGUUGGUAAGUGGAUUGCUUUUAUCGCAGUUGUACUGAGGUUAUUUUUCCACCGCCAUUUCCCAGAUUGGUUUGUCAUUGUAACUGAACAGUAUCCUGAAUUACCUUUCUUCUUCUGUUUGACCUCUUCAAUUUCUGGUAUCCCGUCGCUUUGUUUACUUCCCAAUGCUUGCACUAUUUACUUUGGCGGAGUUACAACUGAAUACUCUCAAAAUGAGCUUGAUGAGCUAAGAGACUUGUGGAUCAAAUAUGUGGAUGGAUAUAAACAAGUGGAUGAAGAAUAUUCGGAAGAUAAUGACGAUUUUAAUUAG